AUGAAUACGACUAGCCAGAGUAAAUCCACCUCUAGCAUCCAGGAACAGACACCCCAAAUCAAUUCAAUCGACGCUAUUGCCACCCGUAUCAAAAAUGGAGACAUAAAACGAAUAGUCGUUAUAGCAGGAGCUGGCAUCUCCACAUCUGCUGGUUACCCAGAUUUCCGGUCCCCCAAAACGGGCAUAUACGAUAAAACAGCUGCGCUAAAGACACUGCCCUAUCGAGAAGCCAUAUUCGAUGUGAGAUAUUUCAAGCACACGCCGGAACCUUUUUUCGCCGUAUUGCGGGGGUUGAUGCAAAUGAACUUCAAACCAACAGUGACCCACGCUUUCCUAUCCUUACUACAUAGGAUGGAAGUUCUAGAGAUGGUGUUCACGCAGAAUAUUGACGGAUUGGAGCGCGCUGCGGGAGUUCCUGACGAAAAAGUCGUAGCUGCACAUGGUCAAUUCGGUAGUCAGCGUUGCAUGAUAUGUAAGAUUUCCUGGCCAUCGGAUCGAUUUGAACGAGUAGUGAAGAGUGGGCAAGUGCCUCGCUGCGAUGACGCAUUUUGCAAUGGCCUUAUCAAGCCAGACACGGUCAUGUUUGGCGAGCCACUAUCACAAAACUUUGCAACGAGUACAAAGCUCCUCGAUUCCGCAGAUCUGAUCCUUGUGAUGGGAACUAGUCUCAAGGUUCACCCAGUAGCUGCGUUGCCUUCCCAGGUCCCAAAGGGUGUACCGAGGGUACUACUAAAUAGAGAAAAAGCUGGUGACCUUGGUAGUCGGAGAGAAGACAUUUUGUUGCUCGGGGAUUGUGAUGAGGGUGUGAGAUCUAUAGCAGAUGCACUAGGGUUGAGAGACGAAUUGGAAAAUCUGUGGAGAGCAGUGGGGCCGCAACCAGGCGAGUUCGUAAAGUUGGAAGAUGCUCUUGUUAGGGAAUUGGACAGCUAUGUCAAUGACCAACUGCGGGAGAAGGAACUUAUAUCCCAGGGUCACAAAGGGCUUUUAGAGAAGCACAUCCAAGAGAAAUUGUCGCGAAUGAGGAAUCCUGAUUCGGGGGCUGUUUUAUAUCCGUAA